AUAACUCCCCCUCCGUCUCUACCGGACCAACUGAAGGAGAUGUUUAAACAACAGGAAGUUGUUCGUAUGAAGCUACGCUUGCAACACAGCAUUGAACGGGAAAAGUUGAUUGUUUCCAACGAGCAGGAAGUGUUACGAGUCCACUACCGGGCCGCCAGAACGCUAGCCAAUCAGACGCUCCCGUUCAGUGCAUGCACCGUGCUAUUGGACGCCGAAGUGUAUAACAUGCCUCAGGAUGCCCAGGCAAGUGGCAUGAUGUCACGCGCUGUAGAAUCAGGUGACCAAGAUGGCAAGACGUCGGUGCGGGAUCGUUUCAACGCCCGCCAGUUUAUGUCCUGGUUACAAGACGUGGACGACAAGUUUGAUAAACUCAAGACGUGUCUUCUGAUGAGGCAGCAGCACGAGGCAGCAGCUCUUAAUGCUGUCCAGCGUCUCCAUUGGCAGCUGAAACUCCAGGAGCUGGAGCCAGUUGUGUACAAGUGCACCUCCAUCUUCGAGAUACCCGAGUUCUACAUCCCCCUGGUGGAGGUCAACGACGACUUUGACCUCACGCCCAUAUGACCCGUGACCUUUAGGCUCGGACCGGAAGUCAGGGGACCGAUGAUUAGGAAGGAUCAUCUAGUGGCACAUCUACCGGUGAUGAAGAGAUGGAGGGAUGAAGGGAUGGAAAACGUGAGGCACUUGGAACAUGGAUGUGUGUAGAGAGCACCACGUGUGUGUGUGUGUGUGUGUGUGUGUGUGUAUGUGUGUGUGAGCAGCACUUCUCGACGUGUAGCUAUUUUACCACUGAGCUCCUAUGGUAGACACCACAGCCCUCCCUCCUACACCAAGUGGACUGGCCUUAUCCUCCCUAGUGGCACACUGACUGCUUAUUCUGUUCUGGACAGGCCUGGAGCUCCACCAAGGCUCGGGGGCCCGGACCAUUCACUUACCCCAGGGGCCAGGGCCCGAGGCUGGGUAAAGGUUGGGUCAGCGCCAGGUGCUGCUGUCUGCUGAGAGGAGAGCGUGCCAGAGAGAGACCAAGCAUGGAUACUAUUCCCUAUAUAUGGCACUAUGUGAAGUGUAUAGAAAAUAGGGUGCACCUCCUGAUGUUCCCUAUGGAGUCGACCAUCUCUCUGCCCUCCUGAUGUUCCCUAUGGAGUCGACCAUCUCUCUGCCCUCCUGAUGUUCCAUAUGGAGUCGACCAUCUCUCUGCCCUCCUGAUGUUCCCUAUGGAGUCGACCAUCUCUCUGCCCUCCUGAUGUUCCCUAUGGAGUCGACCAUCUCUCUGCACCUCCUGAUGUUCCCUAUGGAGUCGACCAUCUCUCUGCCCUCCUGAUGUUCCCUAUGGAGUCGACCAUCUCUCUGCACCUCCUGAUGUUCCCUAUGGAGUCGACCAUCUCUCUGCCCUCCUGAUGUUCCCUAUGGAGUCGACCAUCUCUCUGCCCUCCUGAUGUUCCCUAUGGAGUCGACCAUCUCUCUGCACCUCCUGAUGUUCCCUAUGGAGUCGACCAUCUCUCUGCCCUCCUGAUGUUCCCUAUGGAGUCGACCAUCUCUCUGCCCCUCCUGAUGUUCCCUAUGGAGUCGACCAUCUCUCUGCACCUCCUGAUGUUCCCUAUGGAGUCGACCAUCUCUCUGCACCUCCUGAUGUUCCCUAUGGAGUCGACCAUCUCUCUGCCCUCCUGAUGUUCCCUAUGGAGUCGACCAUCUCUCUGCCCUCCUGAUGUUCCCUAUGGAGUUGACCAUCUCUCUGCCCUCCUGAUGUUCCCUAUGGAGUCGACCAUCUCUCUGCCCUCCUGAUGUUCCCUAUGGAGUCGACCAUCUCUCUGCCCUCCUGAUGUUCCCUAUGGAGUCGACCAUCUCUCUGCACCUCCUGAUGUUCCCUAUGGAGUCGACCAUCUCUCUGCCCUCCUGAUGUUCCCUAUGGAGUCAACCAUCUCUCUGCCCUCUGCACCUCCCUCGUCGAGCAGGGUUACAAAACAACAGGAGAAGGGGAAAAAAAAAACAUUUAAAUUCAGCUUUUGUUUUUAAGUGUUUAUUACAUCGUACACAGACUUGCUUUUUUAAAUUAUUUUCUACAGACAGAUUGUGCAUUUGUAAAUAACCCAUGUAAUGAUGGUUUGAAACUUGUACAGAAAAAAUAACUAAUAAAUAUUUUGAUUGUAAAACUUU